CUGAGGGCGCAGCGACGCAGGGUCUCCCCGGCAGCUACACACCCUACACACCCCACGGGGUGGAGGGACGGGGACAGAGGACUCUGAGACUCAUCGUCGUCCCCCAAGCCUCAGUCUCCGAGUCUCCCCCACUUCUCUGCUGCCCACACCCCACUCCUCGGCUCGCUGCCCUCCCCACUCCCUUCCCGCUCGCCAGCGCAUCCUCGCUCCCUCUCCGUGGCCUCGGCUCCUUUCACCUUCUGCUCCCGCUUGUCGCAAUCGCUGUACAAAGGGCCGGGGGCGGGAAUGGGGGGCGGGUGAGGGGAGCCGGGUCCGAACUGGCUGCCUCUGCGGGGCCGCGGCCAAUCCGGAGCGCGGCCCCCCCGCCCCGCCCCCCAGCGCGGAAAGGCCCUGGGCAGCCGCCGGGGCCGGGCGGAGCCGCGGGCAGAGCCGGGAGCUCGCGGAGGGUACGUCCCCGCACUGCCGCCCACCGCUCGCCGGGGACUCUCCCGCCUCGCGAUGCCGCCGUGGGGCGCCGCCCUCGUAAUGUUGGCCGCUCUCGCUCUGCUUGGCCUUCUCGCCCCGUGGCUGCGGCGCCCCGGGAGGCUCGCCGUCGGAGCGAGGACCUUGCCGGGGGCCGGGGGCCAGGGCCACAAAGAGGAGGUGUAUGGCCGAAGCCCCGCAGAUCAGUUAAGCGACGGGCGUGAGCCGCUGCCGGGAGGAUGCAGGCUUAUCUGUAAGCCGUCGGCGCUGGCCCAGUGCCUGUUGCGCGCCUUUCGACGCUCGGCGGCGCUGGAACCCGGCCCGCGGUCCUGGCUCUCCGGACCCCACCUGCAGACCCUCUGUCACUUCGUGCUGCCAGUGGGGCCGGGGCCUGAGCUGGCCCGGGAGUACCUGCAGUUGGCGGACGACGGGCUGGUGGCCCUGGACUGGGUCGUGGGACCUUGUGCCCGGAGCCAUCGGGUCACCAACGCCGGGGGCCUCCCGGCAGUGCUGCUGGUGAUCCCCAAUGCGUGGGGACGGCUCACCCGCAACGUCCUCGGCUUCUGCCUGCUGGCCCUGGAACGCGGCUACUACCCGGUCAUCUUCCACCGUCGAGGCCACCACGACUGCCCGCUGGUCAGCCCUCGGCUGCAGCCUUUCGGGGACCCGUCCGACCUCAAGGAGGCCAUCACUUACAUCCGCUUCCGACACCCCGCGGCUCCGCUGUUCGCGGUGAGCGAAGGCUCAGGCUCGGCGCUGCUGCUGUCUUACCUGGGUGAGUGUGGCUCCUCCAGCUACGUGACCGGCGCCGCCUGCAUCUCGCCCGUGCUACGAUGCCGCGAGUGGUUUGAGGCCGGACUGCCCUGGCCCUACGAGCGGGGCUUUCUGCUCCACCAGAAGAUCGCCCUCAGCAGGUAUGCCACCGCCCUGGAGGACACAGUGGACAUCGGAAAACUGUUCAGGAGCCGUUCCCUGCGAGAGUUUGAGGAGACCCUCUUCUGCCACACCAAGAGUUUCCCCAUCAGCUGGGACACCUAUUGGGACCACAAUGACCCCCUCCGGGAUGUGGACGAGGCAGCCGUACCUGUGCUGUGUAUCUGUAGUGCUGAUGAUCCCGUGUGCGGGCCCCCAAACCACUUUCUGCCAACUGAACUCUUUCACAGCAACCCCUAUUUCUUCCUCCUGCUCAGCCACCAUGGAGGCCACUGUGGCUUCCUGCGCCAAGAGCCCUUGCCAGCCUGGAGCCACGAAGUCAUCUUGGAGUAUUUCCGGGCCUUGACUGAGUUCUUCCGAAUGGAAGAGAAGAUGAAAGGGCUGAGCAGGCGUCGAGCUUCUUGCCUAGGGGGCCGGCGCCGCUGGGGAACCCUGCCAAAGCGGGAGGUCUCUCCCUCUUCCUAUCUGGAGGAGAUCUUUAGCUGGAAGAGGUCAUAUACAAGGUGAGACAUAACCCGAGAACUAUCCCCAAGCCCUGCAAGGGAGAACAGAGCUGGUCAUGGCUGAAUGCUGAGAAUGUGGUGAGGACUGAACGCGGCUGGCAGCUCCAGCUGACUCAGCUCCUUCACUCUUAAACUGGUCUGUGGAAAGAGAUGGAACUUCCAGCAAGCUGGUGUUCACUUUCCCCUGAGCAGAACUCCUGCCUGGGCCCUGUUCUAUACAUUUCAGCUCAUCGUGUUUCAGCAACUGCCCGUUUCCGGUCACUGUUUCCUGUCACCAGCCUCAUAAGUCAAAGAAUAGCACCAUUUAAGUCCCUGGACUCAGGAGAAGAUGCUCACUCACUAGCAAAGACUACAGAGAAGAUGAAGAUGAGUUUUUGUGAGCCAUUGGGCAGGUCUGUCCCACAUAAGUAAUCAGCUCUAUGACCCUGAUUCUCAAGCUGGAACCACUUGAUGUAGUGGGGACAGGAUGUUUGUGUCUUGGUCCCACUUCCCUCUUUUUUUUCCUGCUGUCGUGGUGCUCUGCUGACUUCAUGUGGUGGCAACUAUGGAAGCAGCUCACAGAGCCGUGUGGCUACAUCAGUCUUGCUUGACUAUGAGAAAGGCCCAGAGACAGUAAGUGCUGUGCUGAGACUGGGUUGGUGAGGGUGACAAGGUUGAGAGUGUGAAUGCCUGUGUCUGGAAUACUAAGGUCCAGUGUUUUGGACAAGUUCUGCCAGUCCUGAUUGGGAGUGGGGCUGAUCUGGGGCUUUAGGCUAGAACCUCAAGACUCACUGGAGAGAGUCCAAGGAUGAUUUAUUAACAGGAAGUCCUUGCAAGCAGAGUCUGCUUGACUAUGGCUCAAGGAGCCAGACUCUCAGACACUCUAGCUGCUCCCUCCAGGAACAUUUUAGGGGAUUACUCCAAAGAAUUCUAGUAAGAGUUGUUUUUUCCCUGGGAUGUGGGCUUUCUCUAAGUGGUAAAAAUAUAAACCUCAUAUCUUAAGUGUUUUUUGGUUCAUUGCCCUCGUUUCUGACACUACUUUAGCUUUUCCCUCUCCAGAGCCUGGAGGGACAUCUGGGACCAGAGAAAAACAAACAAAAUUUCCAGGAGAUUGGCUAGAGCUACCUCAAUGAUUUACUGAUAUUUCACAAUACCAUGCUUUUUCUGCUCAAUUAUUCAAAAGGACAUCCAUGUAGACACAGAAAAAUCUUCCUCCUGGAUCUGGCCACUCAGUGACUUGGCUCUUUGGUUUUAUGAGGACUAAUGCUGAAGGUCAGAAUAAAAUAAGGCAUUGUACAGAUAGAUCCACAAAACAUGGGUUUGGAUUAGGCCAUUACACAAUACAAUAGGACAUCCAGUUAACCAAAAAAAAAAGCUUUGCCAGUAGCUUUAUUUUAAUUUGUCAUCAAGAAAGAGGGUAACUGUUUUUUGACAGGAAGCUCCAUCCUGGCAAUUUUAAGGAGGAGAGAUGUUUACCAAAAGCCAUAUCCCAAGGCUUGGUAUGAAAUUCCCGGGGCCAUGAUUUUCAGGUUUGUAUAAUCUUAGCUCAUCCUUGUUCUUCUAGAUCAAAUAAGAAGAAACUUUGAACUAUACAAGAAUCUGAACUGAAAUGCAGACAACACUCAAUUGUCUAAGGCACAUUAUUCUGUCAUGAAAAAAUUACUUCCCUCCUUCCCCACUUCUUGUUUCUCCUCCUCCACAUUUUUUAAAAAAUUGAAGUACAGUUAAUUACAAUGUGUCAGUCUCUGGUGUACAGCACAAUGUCCCAUUCAUGCACAUACAUACAUACAUACAUACAUUCUUUUUCAUAUAUUUUUCCAUUAGAGGUUAUUACAAGCUAUUGAACCUAGUUCCCUGUGCUAUACAAAAGAAACUCACAUUUUUCAUCUAAAAUUCUUUCAACCAUUUGUAAGCAGGAGAAAUAACAAGGGAGUGAACCCUAAAGAAGCUGUUCUACUUCUGGUUAACAGCUGUGGUAUGAAUCUUGGUGAAGAAGAAUUACUGACAUCUGGCCACCCCUCUCCCCUAGCAUCUGGUACAGUGGAGAUUUCGGUUAAUUAGGUUCUGCAGUCCCAGAUGCAAGAUCCUACAAUCAUUCAGAGCUCACGGCAAAAUGGGAAGCAGUCUAGUGUUUUUUUAACACCCCAUCCCCCACCCUUCCCAGGGUUAAUGGGCCUCUAAGGGCUAAAAUGUAGAUUGUUUCUCUAGGCCAGAUACCUCAGACUCUGGUUCUUUAAGAUAAUAGUUUUUGGAGAAAUUGUGGUUCCUUUUUUAUAGGAAAGAAAGCUUGUGGUGGUGAGGUAGGAGAAAAUACAUACAUUAUUUUAUACAUACAUCGUUUUUUUUUUUCACCUAUAGUCUUAAAGCUCUCAGAACAGCAGAAUAGCCCUAAUCCAGGCUCCAUUGAUUCCCUUGGAUCCACAGCCUUAAUGACCUAACCCUUAAGUAUUUGUCCUCCAUGCCCCUUGUGCCUGUGCCAGAUAUACUCAGCUGAUCUCAGGAAGCUCCUUCUCUCUCAUCUUCUCAUCACCAUUUAAUGAAAGCUCAUUUUUGCCAAGAAAGUGUAGUCCCUGUCCAAGCAGGUUUGGGUGACCCUGUCUUUCAGUCUACCGAUGAAGGAAUCACCCAAAUUGGCUCUGCUUUGGUUAACGGCUAAUUAUAUGAAACCAGCUGGAGGAACCCCAGGCACACAUUCUGAGAGAUUGCAUGGCCCUUGAACAAACUGACAAGUUACAAGUUUGAGGAAGCAAGAAAUAAACAACAAACAAAAACCAAAGAAAUACCACUGAGUUGGGAACUUUCCAGGUAGUGAAUCUUUACAAUCCUCUCAGGCCUCAUUCACUUGCUUGCCUCCCUUUUGAUCUCUUCAUUAUUUAUAAAUACCUUCAAAUGGUAAAAGGAAAAACAAAGACAAAAACAGAAACAACCCAAUGACAAUAAAGGUAGCAUUAUCUCAGAAGGAGAAACUGAGUUCUGUGUCUCCACCCACUGGAUCAGAAUACAGGAAGCAGACAGCUGCUUCUGAAGGUUUCUUUGAGUUUUACUAAGCUCUGACCUCUGAUACCAAAGCCUGUGCUAAGCUAUAACUUAAUUCUCUCAAAGAUUUAGUAUUUUAUGUAUUUAUAGAUGGGUCUCUAAGGUAGCUUGGCCAGAGAUGACAAUAUGAAAAACAUAGCAUCAAAUCCUCAUUUUGAGAAGACAUCAUCUCUAUUUUCAGUGAAGACAUCUUUGCUAAGACUUGAGUACUGUUAGAAAAGAGGUCUACACAGGAAGUGUCAUCUUGGCUUUAUAAAUAACCUCAAAACCACGUCAGAGUCAGAAGGUCCUCUGUGCUCAUCUUCCACCCAGACUGCAAGAUCCUUUGUCAGUCACUCUUAGUAAUGUCAAGGUUUCUUCCUUUAGAACUAAACUUUAGUAUAAAUUUCCCUCCCUGUUUAAACAAGCAGAUACACUUGGCCACUGUGGCAAAACGUGCCAAAUGAUAUCAAUGAGCAUUAGUGACUCUACAGCCAAGCCACAAAGGAUGACAUCAGAAAGUUCUCAUGAGUUAUCUUAGUUUGCAGAGCUAAAAUUGAGGAGUUUUACCUAGGGAGUGCCCAGAGAUGGAAGGAAUGCCUCAGGAAACAGGAAGUCUCACAUCAUUGGAGGGAUAUGCAGGCUAGACUGCCACUUGGCACACAUCAUGGAGGGGAUGUGCUGAGAAAUAAAGGUGGUCUAGAUUAGAUAUAAUGUCUCUUUUCAUCCGAGAGUGGGUAAACUGAAAUAACACUAAUGAGCUCAGUGGGUUGUAAAGACUUCGGUUGGUUUAGGGGCUUGUGGGUCAGAUCACAGACCUGAUCCAAAUUCUGGGAGUUGGGACAUGACAUAAAAAUUUUAAUGAAAAUAACUGUGCCAAAGUGAUAGGGUUUUAAGACAUCCAAAUAAUUAUGCUCUAAAGUAUCCAGGAAGGCAAAAGUUUGAAGGAAAAGUGGAGUAUCAUUGAAACAAACAAUAAAAGAUACUAACACAUCAAAAACAAAUGUAUCCAGCUCCUCCAGCCUUCCUGUGUAUGUAAUAAGGUAAUACCUUGCUCUGGUGUCUAUCGCAGUGUGGUUGAACAAAAAUUUCUCUCCAACUUGUUUGCCUCUGAAUAAUAAAUUGGUCUCCCUGCAACAAUGGAA